AUGCAAGUCUAUUUUGUGCUCUACAUUUUGUGUUGUGUAUUCUCCAUCUUUGUAAUCACAUCAGCAGUAGACACCAUUGUUGUAACUCAGUCAAUAAGAGACGGUCAGACUUUAGUUUCAUCGGGUGGGAAUUUUGAGCUGGGAUUCUUUAGCCCGGGUAAUUCCAAAAGUUGGUAUAUAGGAAUAUGGUACAAGAAGAUAUCUACAAUGACAGUGGUAUGGGUUGCCAACAGAGAUACCCCUCUUAACAAUACAACAGGAGCUUUCAAACUUGUGGACCAUGGAAUUCUUGUCCUUACGGAUGAAGCUAACAAUGCCAUUUGGUCUUCCAAUUCAUCAAGAGCAGCAAGCAACCCAGUUGCGCAGCUUCUGGAUACAGGAAACUUUAUAGUGAGAGAUGGAAAUAGUGAUGCAGGAAAUAUCACUUGGCAGAGUUUUGAUCAUCCAGCUGAUACGUUUCUGCCAGGUAUGAAGUAUGGAUUUAACUUGGUAACUGGAUUGAGUUUAGUGUUGACAUCAUGGAAGAGCCCUGACGACCCUUCAAGAGGUAAUUAUACUAAUCAGCUUGAUCCAAAUGGAUUACCACAGUUUUUUCUAAGGGAGGGACCAACAGUGUUAUUCCGGACAGGACCAUGGAAUGGUCUACAUUUCACUGGUAUGCCUAAUUUGCAACCCAACACAAUUUAUAAAUAUGAAUUUGUUUCCAAUCAGGAGGAGACUUACUAUACUUAUCAGCUUAUUAACAACUCAGUUGUUUCAAGGAUGGUUUUAACUCCUGAUGGCAAAUUGCAGCGGCUUAUAUGGAUUGAUAGAACACACAGUUGGAACCUCUUCUUAACGGCACAAGUGGAUGGCUGUGACAGGUAUGCACUAUGUGGUGCAUAUGGCAGUUGCAACAUUAACAACUCCCCAGCUUGUGAGUGUUUGACAGGAUUUGUGCCAAAAUUUCCAAAAGAUUGGAAUGGGGCGGAUUGGUCACAUGGAUGUGUACCGAAGACACCUUUAUAUUGUGGGGCUGGUGAGGGCUUUCUAAAAUACUCUGGAAUUAAAUUGCCAGACACAAGGCAGUCCUGGUAUAACAGGACCAUGGACCUUGAUGAAUGCAGGGAUGUGUGCUUGAAGAACUGCACCUGUACAGCUUAUUCUAGUUUGGACAUCACUGGAGGAGGAAGUGGUUGCAUACUUUGGUUUGGAGAACUGAUUGAUAAAAGAGUGUACACUGAAUAUGGGCAAGACAUUUACAUUAGGAUGGCUGCCUCUGAAUUACGUAAGCUAAUGGUAAUGCUAAUUUCUUAUAUUGAAUUGAUGAUUGCAGCGGCAUAUGGAAGCUCGAAAGGAAAGAAACAAGCGAGGAUCAUAGUUAUUGCUUUAUUAUCUUUUGGAAUGGCUCUCCUUGGCCUAUGCUUGAUGCUAUAUGUCUUGAAGAAGAAGCCUAAAAGAGAAGGAAUUAUUUUAUACAAUCCAGGACCAAUACAAGACUUCACCACUGGAAAUGAGAAUGACGAUUUAGAGCUACCAUUAUUCAGAUUUGCUACAAUAGCUUAUGCCACAGACAACUUUUCAGUUAAAAAUGUGCUUGGAAAAGGUGGCUUUGGACAGGUUUACAAGGGCAUACUAACAGAGGGACAAGAAAAUAAAGAAAUAGCUGUUAAGAGGCUCUCAGCAUAUUCAAGACAAGGAUUCCGCGAAUUCAAAAAUGAAAUUUUGAGCAUUUCCAAGCUUCAGCAUCGUAACCUUGUGAAGAUUUUAGGAUGUUGCAUUCAAGAAGAAGAAAGAAUGCUGAUAUAUGAAUACAUGCCCAACAAAAGCUUGGACUCCUUCAUUUUUGAUCCAAAUCGAAGCAUAUUAAUAGAUUGGCCUAAGCUCUUCCACAUUAUCAAUGGGAUUGCUCGGGGGCUACUUUAUCUUCAUCAAGAUUCCAGAUUGAGGAUUAUUCAUAGAGAUCUAAAAGCUAGCAAUAUUUUACUGGACUAUGAGAUGAAUCCAAAGAUUGCUGACUUUGGCAUGGCUAGAAUUUUUGGAGGAGAUGAAACUGAAGCAAAAACAAGCAGAGUGGUUGGAACAUAUGGUUACAUGCCUCCGGAGUACGCAAUUGAUGGACUUUUUUCGGUAAAAUCUGAUGUGUAUAGCUUUGGUGUUUUGGUACUAGAGAUAGUGAGUGGUAAGAGAAACAGGGGAUUCCGUCAUCCAGACCACAAUCUUAACCUUCUUGGACAUGCAUGGAGACUAUAUAAGGAGGACAGACAAUUGGAACUAAUUGAUAAAUCAGAAAAGGAAUCAUGCAAUCCAAAUAAAGUGUUACGAUCAAUUCAUGUUGGUCUAUUAUGUGUGCAGCAAUGUCCAGAAUAUAGACCGACCAUGUCCACAGUGGUUUUGAUGUUGAGUAGUGAGACUGCACUGCCUGAGCCUAAAGAGCCUGGUUUUUACACUGGAAGGUAUCUAUCAGAAAUGGAUACUUCACCAGUCAAGCAAGAAGGAUCUUCAACAAAUGGGCUAACAAUUACAUUGCUGGAGGCUCGAUAA